CGGCGCUAGGCUGGCCUCAGUGCGAGCGGUGGCGAGACGCCGCUGAACAGCGGAACGAAGGAUGAGUAUAUGCAGAUGGACCUGUGUGCUUGUGGGGCUGAUGAACGCAGCCCGGCGUGCCUGCGGGUUUCAUUUGUAACGCUUAGAAUCUUUUAGCGCGGUGCAUUUUAACGGCGGCGCAGUAUCGUUCCUUUGCACAGAUGCAAAGCGGCGGACAGUAUAACGGUCCAUGGUAGGUGGCUCUGUGGGUCCCAAAAGUAAUCAGGAAAAAACGCACACCUAUAUGAUUACUGAUAGUUUCGCUAAUUAUAUGAAUUAACGUGGAGCCCCCAAUGGUUUCGUGUGGAUUUUCAGGAAAAGGAUUGUGUCUUUUCAUCUUUUUCUCUAAAUAACCGUGGGACUUUUGGAAUAAAGUAAGAAUAUUUAGAAGCGAAAGGGAGUCGCAUCCACCGUCAUCACAGAAUCAAAACUGGCGAUUUCAAGAGGAGUUCUGUUCAUCGGAGCAGUGUAUCUGGUCAGUCAGUGAUGGGCAUGCCCAGGAGAGCCCUGCUGUGCGUCCUGCUGCUGGCUAUCCAUCGCAGGGCAGCAGGGGGCGUUCUCUACCGGGCACUGGAAGAACAACCACCUAACACUCUGAUUGGCAGCCUGGCUGCUGACCAGGGACUUCCCGACUCUGGUCACUUGUACAAGCUGGAAAUAGGCACCCCUUACCUGCGAGUGGAUGGUAAAACAGGAGACAUCUUUACCACAGAGGUUCCCAUUGACAGGGAGAACCUGAAAGACUGCCGAAAUUCGCACAGGGGAGAACCAUGCUUUCUGGAGUUUGAGGUGUCCAUUACUGAUUUAAAUCAAAAUCUCAGCCCCCGUUUGAUUGAGGGGAGGAUUGAGGUCCAAGACAUUAAUGACAACACUCCACAAUUCCCAUCACCCAUCCUUACCCUCUACGUUCCAGAGAGCACACAUCAGGGGACACUGUUUUCCAUCCCCCUAGCUAACGACAGGGACUCAGGGCGGAACGGGGUGGUAGAUUAUGCCCUAACUGCAGGACCGGACGCGGCUGCCAUCUUCAACCUGCAGGUAGCUGAGGACCGAGGAGAAAAGCUCCCGCAGUUGAUAGUGCUGGGUAACCUCGAUCGUGAGCAGAAGGACUCGUAUGACCUCAGCAUCAAAGUGGUGGAUGGUGGGAUUCCUCCGCGUUACAGCAGUGCCUUGUUGCGAGUGAUUGUCACCGAUGCCAACGAUAACACUCCCAGGUUUGAGAAAUCAAUGUAUGAAGCAGACCUGUUUGAAAACAGCCCCAUGGGACAAUCUGUGCUGCAGGUCAAAGCCACUGACUCUGAUAUUGGGCUCAAUGGGGAGAUUGAGUACACUUUGCAUCAGGUUACAGAUCCGGUUCAGAAGCUGCUGAGAAUUGACCACUCUACUGGUAUCAUCUAUGUGAAAGGACUUGUGGACCGGGAAGAAGUUAGUGGUUUAAAGUUUUACGUGGUUGCACGGGACAAAGGAUCGACCCCUAAAAGUUCCAAGGUCUACGUUUCAAUCAAUGUGAAGGACCAGAAUGACAAUGCGCCCAUGGUUGAGAUACGUGGGAUUGGGUUGGUAACCCAUCAGGAUGGGAUAGCGAACAUUUCAGAGGAUAUGCCAAUUGGGACGGCAGUGGCAUUAGUCCAGGUAUCAGAUAGAGAUGAGGGAGAGAAUGCGGUGGUCACCUGUGUGGUGGCUGGAGAUGUUCCAUUCCAGCUGCGGCCAGCUAGUGACUCCCCCAACGACAACAAGAGGAAGUACUUUCUGCAGACAACAACCCCUCUAGACUAUGAGAGAGUCAAAGACUAUGAAGUUGAGGUUGUGGCUGUUGACUCGGGCAACCCAGCUCUCUCUAGCACAAACUCUCUGAAAGUUCAGGUCCAAGAUGUCAACGAUAAUUCCCCUAUCUUUUCCCCUGCCCUACUGGAGGUUGAUUUUGCAGAAGAGAACCAGCUAGGCGACAAGGUUCUGGAUGUAGUGGCCACAGAUGCCGACAGCGGCACAAAUUCAGAGCUUAUCUACAGCAUCAUCUCAGACUCAUCUACAAAAGGACUGUUUGAGAUUAACCCUGUCACUGGUGAAGUCCGGGCACGAAGUCAGCUGGACCGAGAACACAGAGACCGCUAUGAAUUUCAUGUGACUGCUUCUGACAAGGGUAUCCCCAGCCACCGUGGAACAGCUGUGGUUGUGGUCAGGGUGCUGGACCGGAAUGACAAUGACCCCAAGUUCAUGCUGAGUGGCUACAGCUUCUCAGUUCUGGAGAACAUGCCUAAACUCAGUCCCGUUGGCAUGGUGACAGUCAUUGAUGCAGACACAGGACAGAAUGCACAGGUACACCUGUCUGUAGAACCAGACAAUGGGAAAUUUGUCAUCCAAAAUGGUACUGGCACAAUUCUCUCCAGUAUGUCACUCGAUCGAGAAAAAGAGAGCACGUACACUUUCCGCCUGAAAGCAGUGGACAAUGGUGACCCACCAAGAUCAUCCUAUGUGGGUGUUACUAUUAAUGUCCUUGACGAAAAUGACAAUGCUCCCUACGUCACUAAACCUUCAAAUGCUUCCUACAAAUGCCUUUCCCCAUCAACCAGUCCCGAAAGCAGAGUGGAAAAAGUAGAGGCCGAAGACAUAGAUGCUGGGCCCAAUGCGGAGCUCGUUUUUAGUAUUUCGGGGGGAAACCCCCAUAAUCUUUUCCGCAUCUCCACAACAGAUGGGGAGAUAACCCUUGCUAAGGAGCUAGCACCUAGGCACAGUGGGCUUCAUCGGUUGGUGGUGAAGGUCAGUGACAAAGGCAAACCCCCGCGGCAAGCAGUGUCCCUGGUGCACAUAUAUGUGAAUGAGACCCUCAACAACAUCACCUUACUAGAGUCACUAGUAGGACACAGCCUUAACACUCCACUUGACCUUGACAUUGCUGGAGACCCAGAGUACAGCCACGCUUCCCAGCACAGCAACAUUUUGUAUGGUAGUAUAGCCGGCAUCGCCGGAGUCAUCGUCGUAAUCAUAGUGGUGGUGGUCAUCCAGCAUAAAUUGCAGAAGGAGACUAAAAGUGGCUACCAGGCCGGUAAGAAGGAGACGAAGGAUCUAUAUGCUCCUAAGCAGGGCCCCAAGAGCAGCAAAGGCAAAAAGUGGAAGAAAGGUAAAGCUCCCAAGCCAGCCAAACCUUUAGAAGAAGAUGAAGAAGUGGAGCAGGCCAGUCUUCAAAAGAGUCUAAAUUUCAGUCAUGACAGGAUCAAUGACAGCCCCAGGAUCCACCUGCCUCUGAACUACUCUCCGGGAAGUCCAGACCUGGGCCGCCACUACCGAUCCAACUCUCCCCUCCCCUCAAUCCAGCUCCAGCCCCAGUCCCCCUCAGCGUCUAACAAACACCAGGUGGUGCAGGAUCUCCCAGUGGCAAACUCAUUUGUGGGAGCGGGAGAUGACAACUCAACCGGCUCUGACCAGUAUUCAGAUUACAGCUACAAAACAAACCCCACAAAGUACAACCAUAAACAGCUGCCUCAUCGACGAGUGACAUUCUCCACAACCAAUCAAACGCAAGAUCAGCAAGACUCCUCCCAGCAAAGUUAUUAUGACAGCGGCCUGGAGGAAUCUGAAACGCCCAGCAGCAAGUCAUCCUCGGGGCCUCGCAUGGGGCCCCUGGCCCUUCCUGAGGACCACUAUGAGAGAACCACCCCUGACGGCAGCAUUGGCGAAUUGGAGCACCCUGAAAAUGCAGACGUCCGCUCCCUCCCUGACGUGGCCAUGACCGGGAACUGCACUCAGGAAUGCACCGAGUUUGGGCACUCGGACACCUGCUGGAUGCCGGGCCAGCCAUCUCCCAGCCGCAAGAACAGAACCCCCCCGAAACUGUCAACCUUUGUGCCUUACCAGGAGAGGAACAGCCUGGACCGGCCAGGGCCUGGAGGGGGGAGGCUGGCGGAGGAGCGUAGCGCCAAGGUGGCCAGCGUGCGCCUGCUGCCCUCACAUAGUGCCUACUCAUGCAGCAGCCAUGAGUCUGGACAGCCUCCACCCCUGGAGGAAGCUUCUAAGCGAGAGAUUUACCUGUGAGAAUGCCUCCAGACAGAUUCGCCUGCGAGGCACUCGGGCGAGAGGUGCCUGGAGAAGGGUUCUCGACUUCCAAGGACCCUGGUAGGUAUACCUGUGAGAAGACUGUAGUCUGGAGAUGAUUGGAUACCUUAGGCCUUCCCUCUGACCGCUUCCAGAAGGCUUUAACAGUCCAGAAUGAAAUUCAAACCCAUGAGAAAGUGAGAAAGUGCUCUGAUGAUAUGAGUUCAAUGUUUGCAUGGCAGCGGCAUGCGGGAGCACUGCUGUGGGACGCAGGGGUGUGUCUGCACUUAAGGGAUCACUGUAAAACGUUCAUGUAUGAACACAGAACAUGCACAUGGAAAUAUGGGAAUUACAUUUGUUUUUUUCUACCUUUUAUCAUUUCUACAAGGCUAAACGCAAAGUUAUAUAUGCUAUAUAUAAUUAUAUAUAUAAAUAUAUAUACAUAUAUAUAUAUAUAUAUAUAUAUACACACAGACAUGCAUACAUACAUAUACAGUGGGAUUCCGUGAAUAGUCAGAAAGUAGGAUGGCUUACAAACUGGAGGGACUCGCUUUUUAAAUAACAACAUGCAGAGCUGCUGGAUUACUGUACACUUAUGUAAAUUCUUUUAUGGGGUAUUUUCUUCAUCGUUGCAUCAUUAUUUAUAACGACGUGGAGAUCUUGUUGUGAUGGUGUCGGGGAUUGUGCCGCAUCCCUAACAAACUGCACAUAUGUUUAAGUACGUACCCACCUUGUGACUGCUCUGCUCGGCAAAACAUCGAGACGCAGAGAGGACAGAAAACAAAAGAAAAGGAGUCUGUGGAUCUGUGGGUUCCAUUAUGUUAUGAUUCUCACAACUGCAUGUAGCUCCCGUAAUCAGGGGGGGGGGGGGGCUAGAUGUAAGUGGAAUGGUUUCCCCCUGCUGACCCCAUUACUGUCAUACCCAGAAACUACACCAUUUCACGAGCGCAUACUCCCUUAAUGUCACUUAAAAAAAGCCACACCUUCCAUUAAUGACACUCAGAGACAGCACCAUAAGUAGGAACAACACUGUGACAGCCUGGAUAAGCCCAGGGCACACAUAAAGAAAUCAGUACCCCACAAGGGCCCUCGUUUGUGGCCGUUAGAGGUUCUAACUGAAUGGGAUCAUUUCAUUCUUAACUAUCCACUACCACUGUCUUGUUACGACCUACUUUGGCAGUUCCAAUUAGUUCUAUGUCCUCUUGAAAUGUGUGCUACACAGGGACCAACAUACAUUGACAUUAGUCCUAACCAAAGAAAUGAUCGAGAUUGAAAAAAAAAACACAGGGAGAAAGCAAAGGGUGGAAUCAAGACUAAAACAAAUGGUUUUGUAUUAAGUAAUGCUCACUGUUUUUUUCCAGCCAAUAGGGUGGCAUCAGCUGUCCAUAACAGUGGUGAAAAUCCAUUGAUCUCUGUGUGACAGAGAUGUAAACAUUUGUGAUGUGUUGUUGUAGGGUCAAGCACAUUUUUAGGUCUUUUAGGGGUUUAGUAUUAAUUACAAUGAAGAAUUAUAGGUAAAAACAUGUUCCUUGUUGGUAUUUCAUUAUUUGUGAAGAUUCCUGUUUCAGAUUCCUUACUUCUCAAAAGGUCUGCCUUCAGAGGCCGUCCGUAUAAAAAAGUGCAAGUUGUUGGCUUAACUGUUGGCUGUAUUUAAGUAGGAGAAAAUACUUGUGAUGUAAUGUUUUUUGCACAGAUAAAUGUACAUGCAAGUGUAGCUUCUAAAACUUAUGGCAAACUCUGUGGUUGUAAUUAUCCACUGCCUAAUGUUUCCUUGACAGUUGAAUAUCAUAUUUUAUUUGAUAUUUAUGUUUAUUGUGAACAGUGAACUUCAAUGAAGAGCAGUUUGAGUUCCUCCCAGGUGUUACACUUUGUUUGGACCAAUGCUUGCAUGUCAAUAGAAUCAUUUGUAAUUAGUCCUCUGCCUUAAAGCUUUAUAAUAAAAUAUGUAGAAAAUAAUAAGGACCUUGUUGAAUUUUUACAACAAUUCAAUAAAAUAGAUCAUUCCCACAAUGCAACUGUCGUGGGGGUGCAGUUGAGAUUUAAAGGGUUUACAAUAUUAACUCAUUAACAGAAAUAGAAUUCAGAAUUUCAAACAUCUGCAGUAUAAAGAUCCGAUUUUAGUGGACCAGCUUAUAAUCAGUAGUCCAUGGCCAAGCUGAAUAGAAAAAUGACGAUGCUGAUCACAUUUUCUGCAUAGGUAAACUAUAUAGGCAAAAAAAUGUGGACUCCAGCUUCUCAUUCCAAAAUCAAGGGAAUUAAUAUUUCGUUGGACCACCUGUCUUGCUAUAAUAGCCUGUGCUCUUCUGGGACGGCUUUCCAUUAGAUGCUGGAACAUUACUGGUGGGAUUUACUGCCAUUCAGGUUGGGUAUUGAUGUUGGGUGAUCAGGUCCCUCUCUGUGAGCUUGUGUGCCCCCCCACCUCGCAGCUGAACUAGCCCCCCAAGUGUUUCCACGUCACAGUCAUUUCAGUCAUGGUUGACCAGGGCAGCUCUAGCAGGGCAAAAUGUGGCAGACCGAUUUGUCGAAAAGCUGCCAUUGUUGCUGGGGAUUGCAUUGCUAAAUAUUUAAUUAUACACCUGAGUCAACAAUGAAUAUGCUUUAAUUAGGCAAUUAAACGGCGAUGUCCACAUGCUUUUUGCCCAUACAGUGUAUCUAUCCAGUGUCACUAAAUUGAAUGCAAGUGUUGAAUGUCAAAGUCACUCAGAAUAUCGAAGUUCUGAGUAAUAACCCUUCUUCAUUGUAUUUAGAAAUGUACUGAGGCAUUUUCGUAUCAUCUCAUGACACUAUGCUAAGAUGUGUUAUUUAUGAAGACCGGAACGAGAGAAAAAAGCAAAUGCAAUGUAAACGAACGACUCAUACCGCUGACCUCGUCCAAUGUUUUUGUGAAUCGUAGGGUUUAAUUGCAGCCCAGUGUCAUGCCUUGCUGUUGAGGUUUCCGUAAAGAUCCUGAAUAUUGGUACUCUGUGUUAUAGUGCAGUUUUAGCAAGUGCUUUAUCAAUGUCAGCUGGAGAAGCUAAACCCCCAAGCUGGGAGAAGAAUCUGUUGCAUUUACCUUAGCAUACCCCGAUGCCCCAUAUUACCCUGUGGAAUCAUGUAUUUAAUAUCAAUAAUCUGAAAACUAAUCAAUUAUAAAUUGGGGAUUUAAUAAUAACCAGACUUCGUUAUUGACCAGUUUUUAUUCAAAUUGGACCAUAAGGUGGACAGUGCUUCAGAGGGCUCAGAUCAAACUUUUCUGUUGCUCUGAAGUCCUUUUUUUAUUGCUCUGUUGAUCUCCUAAUCUUUUGUAAUGGUUCUACAACCUUGAGUCUGGCUAUGAUUUUGACUAAAUGGAGUCUCUGUGUCUGAGAAAGAGACCCGAAAAUCCGUAUGUGAGCAUAAACCUUGUACGUGCCGACCCCGUCCAGGUGAAGGCUUGCUGAUAACACAGGCUUUCUCUUUUCCUGAGGUUUUAAAGCCUAAUAUAUGUUAAUGUGAUUGGUUGGGAGUUCCGUAUCACGUGAUGAUGUAUGAAGAAUGUAUACAUUUGGGGAAUCUCCAGGUGAAAGGGGAUAUACAGUUUACAUGGCGUGACUCUCUGUCUUUUUCCACGCAUUUUCUUAUACUUUGUUACUUUGUCUUUUGACCGUCACAAUAAACUAUCUCUAGACUA